CUGAAUUUUGAAAGUAGCGCGAGAAUCAUUUCUUUAAAUUUUUAUAGCUUCUGCCCCUUCUGGAUUCCUUAGUGAGCUUUGCAUUAUUACGCUGUACCCUGAAUCGUAGUAAUGGGGAAAAAUAAGAAAGGGUUUAACUGGAAAGCCAGACAGAACACAUCUGUUACCGUCGCUAGCGGACCAGCGAUUCCAUUGCAGCUUGAUCGCGGAAUUGCAGAAAAUGCUCCUGAUGCGACCACCGGAAACGACGCCGUCCAUGAUGACAGCAAUGCCAUAGUCCUUCCCUCUCAAAAGCGAAAAACGAAAAAAGCGGAAGUUUGCGCACCGAAGCAAAAAUUUUUAUCACAUCGACAGAAAAAAAUGCAGGAACGACUCAAGGAGAAGCGAACGAAAAGUGCUAAGCGUGGUGAGCUUAUUAAGGCAAUACAAGCGGUCCAGGCCUCCGAACUGGAAACAAAAGAAUUCGUCUCAAUCACGCAAAUGCAGACUAAAGGAUUAAAAAGGCACCGACUUGAAAAGCUGCGUGCUAGUUCUGGAAAAAAGAAAGUGAAGUCUUUGGCGAACGAAGAAGAUGACAGCGCAGUGGAGAGAAAUUCCGUCGUCCAGGAGACGAGUGAAUCGAGCGACGACGAAAGCCAACCUGAAUCGAGCGACACCGAGCGAAGACAGUCGCGUGAUAUCGACGUUGAUCCUGUUCCACCGCUGAUCGUUUCGGAAUUCCCCGAUGCUCAGCCGACUAGCAACAUCACGGAAAAUCUCGGUACUCGUGAUCGUGAUAGCUCGCCGGAAGCGGAAACGGUGCUUCCGAAAGCGAAUCCCUUCCGGCGCUUGCACAACAUCCCCGUGUCCCGUCUCCCGGAAAUUCAAGAUCAGCGCUCCAGAUUACCGGUUACCGGCGAGGAGCAGAGUAUUAUGGAGGCGAUCAACACGAACGAUGUGGUUGUAAUUUGUGGUGAAACGGGAUCAGGCAAAACCACGCAAGUGCCGCAGUUCUUGUAUGAAGCAGGAUACGCCAGUGGCGAUGGUAUUAUUGGUGUAACGGAGCCGCGCCGAGUGGCGGCUAUCAGUAUGUCGCAGCGGGUAGGGACGGAACUGAAUCGCCCCGACGAAGUGUCGUACCAGAUUCGUUACGAAGGGAACUGGAGUCAGUCGACAAAAAUUAAGUUUAUGACGGAUGGUGUUUUGAUGAGAGAAGUUGCCAAUGAUUUUCUCUUGCAAAAAUACUCGGUCAUCGUUGUGGAUGAAGCACAUGAGCGGAGUGUGUUCACUGAUAUCCUUAUCGGAUUGCUGUCCCGGAUUGUGCCCUUGCGGAGAAAAAAAGGAAUUCCACUCAAGUUUGUGAUUAUGUCUGCAACAUUGAGGAUUGAAGAUUUUACCGAGAACAAACUACUUUUUCCGUUUCCGCCUCCGGUUAUGAAAAUUACAACUCGGCAGCACCCGGUGACGAUCCACUUUAAUCGCCGUACACCUAGCGAAAAGGAAUAUCUUCAAGAUACGUUUAAGAAAAUAUGCAAGAUUCACCAGACUUUACCAGCUGGAGGGAUUCUGGUGUUCGUUACUGGCCAGCAGGAAGUCCAUGCGCUGUGCAAACGUCUUCGAGAGACGUUUCCCAGAAAUGACAAGUCAAAAUUGGGAAAGUCUAGAGCUGCGACUGAUAUCGUUGUAAGCGAAACUAAUAAGGAAAAACAGCCAGACGAAUCAGUCGUUUCUCCCAGUCCUGACGUGAACACAUUCAAGCUUGAUGCGUACCCGGUGCACGCGCUGGACGAGGAAGAAGGGCAGGCGGUUACCGAAGCAGACGAAGAUGUUGAUGAGGAUGAUGCGGAAAUGCUGCGACAUUCUGAUGAACCGAUGACUGUACUGCCGUUGUAUUCUCUGCUUCCGUCUGAGCGACAGGCACUGGUCUUUCAACCGGUUCCUCAGGGAACGCGAUUGUGUGUUGUGGCUACCAAUGUUGCGGAAACCUCCAUCACGAUUCCCGAUGUGAAAUAUGUGGUCGAUACAGGGAAAACCAAAAUGAAGCUAUAUGAUAAAAAUACCGGCUUGUGUACAUUUCGAGUAGUUUGGACGAGCAAGGCAUCGGCAAAUCAGAGGGCCGGGCGAGCGGGACGAACCAGCGCGGGACAUUGUUAUCGUAUAUAUUCUUCUGCCGUGUUUAACGACGAUUUCCCUCAGCAUACUCCACCGGAAAUUACGCGUCGUCCUGUGGAGGACUUGGUUCUGCAGAUGAAGGCUAUGAAUAUAGAGAAAAUUGCAAAUUUUCCCUUCCCGACUCCGCCAAGUGUCAGCGCCAUCGCCGCCGCCGAAAAAGAAUUGUUAAGUUUGGGCGCUAUUGAGCGCGUGGUGCAUCCGAAGCACAGUGAAACGGCGGAUACGGUCACUUCGAUUACAUCAUUAGGAAAAACCAUGAGCUUGUUCCCGGUGGCACCGAGAUUUGCCAAAGCGUUAUCCCUGUGCGGGGAUCACAACCUGAUGCCGUAUAUGAUCACUCUUAUAUCGGCUUUAUCAGUUCAGGAACCAAUUCUGGAGGGAAAAUUAGGGACGGAUGAUAGUGCGCCGGAAAAUGACCCUCAAAGACGUUCGUUUUUAAACCAGUUAAAAAAGCGCUGGAUUGGGAGUGGUUUUUCGAAAAAGUUGGGAGAUCUUAUGGUUUUGUUAAAAGCAGUGGGAGCGGCAGAAUUUGCCGGUUUAACAUUCGACUACUGCAAUCAGCACUUCCUUCGCUUUAAAGCCAUGAAAGAAAUACGGCAGUUGCGUCAACAGUUGACCAAUGCUGUUAAUUUGGUGUUGCCGAAGAUAAACUGUCUAAUGGACCCCCUGUUGCCGCCUCCGAGUGAACUGCAGUGCAAGAUGAUGCUGCAGGUACUACUAUGUUGUAUGCAGCACAAUAUAGCUCGGAAAAUUUCACCGGCGGAAGUGGCGGCGGCAGAGCCGAAAGAAAAGGCGAAGUUGCGAAAUGCGUACCGGACGAGUAUGUUAGAGGAGCUUGUAUACAUUCAUCCGUUUUCCGUCGUUGGACAAGAAUCUCCGGAGUUUGUUUUAUAUCAAGAACUGUUUGAGGGGAAUCGAAUCUAUUGCCGGAAUGUGGCUGAAAUUGACCCAAUUUGGAUACCGAAAUUCGCCCCAGUGGAGUGCGUUUUCUCACCGCCGUUAGACACCCCGGAACCGCGGUUUGACAAAAAAACCGGCAGAGUCGUAUGCCAUCGGACAAGCACCUUCGGACCGCAUGCCUGGAUUUUGCCAUCAGUUGAAGUGGACUAUCCAGCUGGACUGGAUUUGUAUCGGUGGUUUGGAAAGUUUUUUCUGGAAGGCGCCGUUCUUGAGUCCCUGAAGCCCUUGAGCGUGCACCUUUUGGUUAAGCCUGGCAUUAUGGUGAAAAGCUGGUCAAGUCUCCAACCGAAAACUCAGACAUUUCUACGGGCACUCGCUGAUCGCAACAUUGAUUGCCGCGAGAAACUGCUAGCGAUAUGGCGCAGAGAACCACAAUAUCUGAUGUAUGAAUACCUGCAAUGGCUUCCUACAGCGUAUCAUGCACAAGCGCAAUCCAUAUGGCCCCCAGGAUGAAACGGUGCAUGACAGAUCUUUCGAGAAUGCAGAGGACUGCUUUUAUUCGAAUAGUUGUUUGUUGCUUUAUUUUCGAGUGAAGCUGUUAAAUUGUUGGUGUUUCGAGUUUUAUUCUUUUGAAAUUGCGGCAUCUUGUGGUUUCUUCCCUUUUUUUUGCUUAUUACACCAGAUAAACAAAUAAUUCAUGGAUUGGAAAGUGUUUAUUGGAAAUUUGUUUUCGAUUUCCAUUUAGGAAAUUUCACAACAUUUUCCGUUACACCCUCCACAGUGUAGCACG